UGUCCCUAUCCCAUCCCAUGGGCAUGCGUACACUUUCUAAAAAUAGUUCAGCAAACAUGACUGAGAUGAGAAUGAUGUUAUAUUUUGUCACCAACAUACGAAAACACUUCGUGCCUGCUAACCGAACAAACCACACGCUCGAGUAAUUAAGUGAACGCGGAACUUGAUGCUGGAAAACAAUCAUGUCGUCUUUAUUGCGAUUUCACCAAAUCUGUGUGGUUCUGAUCGGGACCGUGAUCGCUGCAACCCUGGCCCGGGGAAUUGCGCGCGAUCCACGGUACGGUCGCCCGUCGUCCCCCGCUCCCAAGUACUUGCCGGUCAUACUGGUCCACGGCAUCUUUACCGGGACCAGUACCUUGAACGACUUGGUAGCGUUUAUUAAGGAGGCCCACCCAGGGACGAACAUCAGUAAUAUUCCAUUAUUUGAAGAUUUGGACAGCCUGAAGCCGCUAUGGGAGCAAGUCCCCAAGUUUGCUGCCGCCAUGCGACCCAUCAUGCAACAGGCCCCGAAUGGUGUCAUCCUACUCUGCUUUUCUCAAGGCGGUAUCAUGUGCCGUGGUGUGUUGGAGACGAUGCCCGAUCACAACGUGCACACCUUCAUCGCCUUGUCAACUCCCCAAAUGGGACAAUAUGGAGAUACAUCAUACAUUCUACCAGCUCUACCAUUGCUCAAGGAAGACGUUUACAAAUUCUGCUAUUUAAAUCCAUUUGGACAGGAUGUGUCUGUGUGCAAUUACUGGAAUGAUCCUCAUCACCAUAGCCUGUACUUGCAGCACAACACAUAUCUUCCUGUGGUAAACAACGAAACAACCAAUGCCAACAGUAAAGCAUGGAAAGAGAACUUUCUUCGUCUGAAGCAGCUGGUGAUGAUUGGAGGACCAGACGACGGUGUCAUCACACCCUGGCAGUCUAGCCAUUUUGGAUUUUAUGAUGCCAAUGAGAAGGUUGUUGAAAUGAAAGAUCAAGAGGUGUACAAGAUGGACUACUUUGGCUUGAAGACCCUCGAUCAGCGUAACGCCAUCAAGACUUACACCAUACCGGGAGUCAAGCACACCAACUGGCAUGGUAACAAGACCGUGUUUGAUUCCUGCAUCAAACCGUGGCUUAUAUAGUCCAUGAAACCAUAGCAGCCCUUGUAUGCAUUGCAUUUUGGGAUCAUAUGUGAUGUCAUGUGUACCCACGGAUCUCUAUAAAAAAAUCUUGAUAGUCCAGUAGCUGUUAGAAGUGAAGUCACUGUCCGCCAUAUUACCACUUCCAUUACAAUGGAAUUGCAACAAACAAUUAUCCAAAUUUAACCGCAAUCUUUACCUAUGAAUUAAAUAUAGUUAUUUUGUAAAAAUGAAAUUGUGACUUUUUUUUCUAACUUCUGUUUAGAUUAAAAUGGGUUAAUGUACUUAGAAUUCAUUCUUUAAAUUUUAUUGGAAAAUGUACGAUGAGAGUAGUUAUACUGGUUCCCAUACUAUAUUAGAAUUGAGAGAUUUGAAACCAGUGUGUAGCUUCAAAUGUGUGUACAGCGCGCAAUGGUCGAUGAACUAUCCAGAUUUUUAACAAGGAGAUCAAUGUUUAUAUCAUUAGACAUUGAAAAGUUGUUGAUUGCUGUGAUGUCGGCCAUGUAUUUUUUUAUUCACCCGAGGGAGGCAUGGUAACAUAGCCAAAGCCUAGGAUGCCAUGUGUUCCUGAGGGUGUAAAAAUGUAUCCCCCACAUCACAGCAGUCAAAUAUUGAACUAAGGCCAAAAAAAAAAAUAU